AUGUCCUACCCGCAGUUCGGGUAUCCGUACUCCUCUGCACCCCAGGAUGGGCUGGGCCCCACGUGGCUGGAGGAGGCCAGGCCCGUGCAGGCCCCCCACGGGAAGGAACGCGAGGUCCCAAGGACAUGCGGCACGCCUUCCUGGGCGGUGCGAGGGGCGGAUGGAGGCCCAGGACCCAGCCUGGCGCGCGGGUGCUCCGCCCUUCCUCGCGGCCCCUCUCUCCCCCAGUUCCUGAUGACCACCAACUCCCUGAGCACGUGCUGCGAAUCGGGUGGCCGAACUCUGGCCGACUCCGGGCCGGCCGCUUCCCAGGCGCCCGUCUACUGCCCGGUCUACGAGAGCCGGCUGCUGGCCACCGCGCGCCACGAGCUCAACUCAGCCGCGGCGCUUGGCGUCUAUGGGAGCCCCUACGGUGGUUCUCAGGGCUACGGCAACUACGUGACCUACGGCUCCGAGGCGUCCGCCUUCUACUCGCUGAACAGCUUUGACUCCAAGGACGGGACAGGAUCUGCGCAUGCGGGCCUCGGGCCCGCCGCCGCCGCCUACUACCCGUACGAGCCGGCGCUGGGCCAGUACCCGUAUGACAGGUACGGGACCAUGGACAGCGGCACGCGGCGGAAGAACGCCACGCGCGAGACCACCAGCACGCUCAAGGCCUGGCUGCAGGAGCACCGCAAGAACCCCUACCCCACCAAGGGCGAGAAGAUCAUGCUGGCCAUCAUCACCAAGAUGACCCUCACGCAGGUCUCCACCUGGUUCGCCAACGCGCGCAGGCGCCUCAAGAAGGAGAACAAGAUGACUUGGCCACCAAGGAACAAGUGCGCGGAUGAGAAGCGGCCCUACGGGGAGGGCGAGGAGGAAGAGGGGGGCGAGGAGGAAUCCCGGGAGGAGCCGGUCAAGAGCACCAAGAAGGAAGAGCUGGUUGGCAAGGAGGAGAAGGAUCUGGAGCUCAGCGAUUUGGAGGACUUCCACUCACUUGAGGCAGAGCCCCCCGAGUGUGAGCUGAAACCACCCUUCCAGCCCCUGGACGGCAGCCUGGACCGAGUCCCCACUGUGCCCCAUGGCCCCAGUGCCCUGGGAAAGGAGGCCUCCAGCGCCCUCCAGAUGCCGCUGGCCGCCGGUGGUGAGGCCUCCCUGGACCAGCACCUGGAGCGGGCCCGGAGCUGCCUCCGGAGCGCAGUGGCCGGGCCAGAACAGCAGCCGGGCCCGGGGGGCGGCCCGCAGGCCUGUGAGGCCAAGCUGGGCUUUGCGCCAGCUGGGCCCACCACGGCGGGCCUAGAGGCCAAGCCUCGCAUCUGGUCCCUGGCGCAUACGGCUACCGCCGCCGCUGCCGCCACUGCACUGAGCCAGACUGAGUUUCCGUCGUGCAUGCUCAAGCGCCAAGGUCCUGCAGCCCCUGCCGCCGCCUCCUCGGCGCCUGCUUCGUCUUCGCCUGCGGCCCCGGCCCCCGCCAGUGCCCUGGACAGGAACCAGGACUCCCCAGUAACCAGUCUCAGAAACUGGGUGGACGGGGUCUUCCACGACCCCAUCCUCAGGCACAGCACUUUGAACCAGGCCUGGGCCACCGCUAAGGGCGCCCUGCUGGACCCAGGGCCGCUGGGACGCUCGCUGGGGGCGAGCGCCAACGUGCUGACGAUGCCCCUGGCGCGCGCCUUCCCUUCCGCUGCACCCCAGGACGCCUCCGCCGCCGCCAAGGAGCUGCUGGCCUUGCCCAAGGCCAGCAGCAAGCCCUUCUGCGCCUAACCCGGCCAGGGCGCCUGAGCAAGGAGGGAGCUGGCGCUCAGGCCGCAUGCUCCUAGGUCCCAGACUCUUUUUCUACCGGGUUUCCAAAGCAAGGCCUGAGCGCUGCAGAGCUCAGGCCACCAACCACCCUAGAAGAAGCAUCUGAACUCUGUCCUGGGCCACAGACGAGCCCCGGCACUGUUGGGCCACAUCUGCCCAUCCCACCUGGACAAGAGCCGUCCCGGCCACUCCUCAAACUCGGGAGCCGGUGGAUAAGGCUGCUCUCAAAGCAGAAGGGAGCCGCCCUGAAGCAUAAAGUUUACGUCCAAAAGUUUACAUGGAGAAGACAUUUCAGCCCUGGGACUGCUGUUUUGCUGUCUCCCUUUGGGUUUGGGCAUGCCGGUGUUCGUGAUGGAAACUCAGCCUGCUGCCCUUCCGACUUCAUCCUCAGCACGUAAUCCCCACCAACACACUUCCACCGAGUUUACACUAUUGCACACUCCUAACUCGAUAAAAUUGUGUUUUUUUAAAUGUAUGUUCACACCAAUAACUGCCUGCUUCAGAGGCUAAUAUAACAAAACCAAUAAAACCAAGUG